GCUGCUUCAUAGUACACAUCGUCUGGUGUCGCGUCAUUAUUUUCGAAAAAAAAUGGAGAAUGUAGGGAAGAUCAUCAUAGUAUGGGGCAGGAAAAAAUUCGAGAUUCCGGACGUGAACCUGGGCGAUACCGUUCGCGGUCUGAAAGAACGGAUACACCAGGAGACUGGCAUCCUUCCGGGACGUCAAAAAGUGCUGAACCUCCGAACCAAAGACAAAGCAUCUCAAGAUGAGGAGAUCCUAAGGAACUUGGGUAUGAAGCCUGGAUUCAAGUUAAUGCUGAUGGGAUCUCGCGAAGAGGACAUCGCCGAGGCAUGUCAUGCACCAAAAGACUUGCCCGAUGUAAUUAAUGACUUUAAGACUGAAGAAGAAGAGAUAGAGAUAGAGAAUGUUAAGCUGUGUUUGUUUCAAAUCCAAUGUAGAAUCGACUACUACAGGUUUGUAGAAUUAAAUCCCUUCAGAGAAGGAAAGAAACUACUGGUGCUCGAUAUAGACUACACCAUUUUCGAUCACAAAUCAACAGCGGAAAGUGGUGUGGAAUUGAUGCGUCCCUUCCUCCACCAAUUUUUAACCCUGGCUUAUCUAAAUUAUGACAUAGUGAUUUGGUCAGCGACUAGUAUGAAAUGGAUCAAUGAAAAGAUGAAAGUGCUAGGAGUCUCAAAUAACUCUUAUUACAAAAUAGCAUGUCACCUUGACUCAAAUGCUAUGAUUAAUGUUAUCACAUCAAAGUAUGGUACUAUCACAGCAAAACCACUUGCUAUCAUAUGGGGGAAAUACAGGCAGUUCUCUGCAAAGAACACAAUAAUGUUUGACGAUAUUAGGAGAAACUUUAUCAUGAAUCCACAAUCAGGAUUAAAAAUCAAACCAUUCAAACAUGCACACAUCACCAGAAGGAAAGACAAGGAGUUGUUAAAAUUGUCUCAGUAUUUAAAAUUAAUAGCCAAAGUGGAUGACUUUCAGACACUCAAUCAUAGGAAAUGGCAGGAAUACAUAAUAGACAAAACCAAAGAGGAGAAGAGGAAUAAGGAAGGAAACGAGGGAAGGAGCGAGUAGACAUUUUUUUUUCAAAAGAUGUUAAAUGCUUGUUAAAUUUUAUGAAUCUUUUUCAUUACUCAAAAUGACACGUUUCGAGUACACCAUCGACAACCGCGAAAUUCGAGUAGGCGAGUUCGAUUAAAAAAUUCUUUCGAACGAAGAACACGUGUAUAAAGAGGUCAUCUUUUAAAUAUUCUUCCA